CCAGCAUCAGUCUCUCCUCUAGGCGGAGGAGGGUGGACUGGGCUGAGGGAGACACUCUCCUAAGCCAAAAAAUAACCAACUCAGCUGACGUUACGGGACGUUUUAUACACCACUCUUCUUUGGUGGUCUUUUUUUUGGUGGGAGAGGGGCUGUCAGGUCGUCAGCCAUGAAGUCAUCCAACAGUCGUCCCUCCAGAGUGGGUAGAAACCCCUUCACCCACGAGCUAAAAUUCACCAUGAUAGAGAAAAUAAAGAUAGGACUGAUGUCUGUUACGGUGUUUCCAGUGCGGCUGUUGCUGGUGUCCUUCUUCAUGCUGCUGGCGUGGCCCUUCGCCUUCACAGCCUCCCUGGGACGCUCUGAGUUCGUCAUUGAGCCACAGUCAUGGUGGAGGAGGUUUAUAGACCUGUGUCUACGGGUGAUCAUGCGAGCCAUGUGGUUUUGCGGAGGUUUUCAUUGGAUCAAGGUGAAAGGGGAACGGGCGGCGUCCUCUGAAGUUCCCAUCCUCACCGUGGCACCACACUCCUCCUACUUUGAUGCCAUCCCAGUCACCAUGACCAUGUGCUCCAUAGUCACCAAACUGGAGAGCAGGAGCAUUCCUGUCUGGGGCACUCUGAUCAGCUACAUCAGGCCAGUGUUUGUGUUUCGAUCGGAUCAGGACUCCAGAAGAAAAACUGUCGAGGAGAUCAAGCGGAGAGCCCGAUCUGGAGGGGAGUGGCCUCAGAUUAUGAUAUUUCCAGAGGGGACGUGCACCAACAGGUCGGGUCUCAUCUUAUUCAAGGCUGGUGCUUUCAUACCAGGCCUCCCAGUGCAGCCUGUGGUGCUACGCUACCCAAACAAACUGGAUACUGUUACAUGGACGUGGCAAGGCCCCGGAGCGUUCAAGAUCCUAUGGCUCACUCUCUGCCAGCCUCAUAAUCCCAUGGAGAUAGAGUACUUGCCUAUUUACACUCCAUCAGAUGAGGAGAAGGAAAACCCUGCUCUGUUUGCAGAUAAUGUCAGAAAGCUCAUGGCCAAGGCGCUACAGCUGCCACUUACAGACCUGUCCUUUGACGACCGUGAGAUCAGCUUAUCACGGGGCCCGCUGCACAUAUAUGACUACAGCAGCCUGCUUGAGUUCAAUCAGCUGGUGUGCCGCCUGGGGCUGAGGGCAGGAACUACAGAGAAAGUUCUGGAGGAGCAGGCCAGAAGAGCCAGAAAGAUGCAGGGAGACAGGCUGGGUUUGGAGGACUUUGCCCAAUUCCUCAACCUGCCAGUUACAGACACACUCACACAAGUCCACAGCCUCUUUGACCAGCAAGGAGAUGGACAGAUAGACAUCAGAGACUAUGUCAUUGCUUUAUCUACUGUUCAUCGACCAUCAAAGUCAAUGAAGACCCUCAAAUUGGCCUUCAAGAUGUAUGAGAGUGAGGAGAGCGGGGAAGUCCUAGAACAAGAGAUUGCCGCCAUCUUGGAGAUAAUGUUGGGAGUGAAAGAGGUGGAACUGUCAGGUGUUUUUUUAUCGCUUGAUGGACCUGACACAGAGAAGAUGACAUAUGAUGAACUUCAUCAUUUUAUAGACCAGCACCCUCGCUUUGUCCAGGAUAUCCUAGAUUUUAAAAACCAUCCACGCAAAUUCUGCAUUGGCCGACCUAAAAGCUGCAACGGCCAGAACCACAACAAAGACGACUGAAGAAUGGACUUUAGUCCAGCAACUCUAUUUACUACUCUACUCUAUAUGAUGUAACAGCAUCUCCCCAUGCUGCAACUUCCCUACCACCUCUGUGCCUUUAAGUGCGGGUAGAGAAAGAGGAAUAGACAGAGAGAAACGCAGUAGUUAGGAUUUGUAUGCAUGGACCAGAGUCUGAAUCUCUACUCCGUCACUUAUGUCAGUUCUCUGCCUUCCUUUAUUUUUAGUCCACAUUGCGAUAUUAAGAUGAUAUUGUGUUUUUCUGCUCUGCAAAUAUUUAUUUUAAAUUUAUUUUCUUUUGUAUGAAGUACACAUAUUUAAAAACUUGGUUGAUAUGGGGUGUUUUUUUUCUUUCAUGACUUUAUGUUGAAGGUUAUCACUGUUCUCAGGCAAAUGGACACUGCCCUAUCCUGCUGCUCUUUAUUUACAUAGUACACAUAGAAACCUAAUUUCAGGUGAAACGGAGCAGGAUAUACACCAUGCUGGGAUGUUAUUGCACCAAACACAAGUUAACAAAUACUGGGUAAAAGCACCAAAAAUAUCAUUCCUUAUUUCACUGCCAUAGGUAUACAAACCAAAAACCUUGGGAAACAUUUUGGAUUAUUAUAUCUGUUUUUAUUAUUGCCUAGAUACCAAUCAGCUCAUCCAACUAUAUUUUUUUUCUGUUUUAUUUGGUAAAAUUAUGUUUUCUCAAUUUUAAUGUUUUAAAACCGUGUAGUUUUUCUUAGAAAAACUUUUUAAGAGGAUUGUUUUGGAGCAUCAAAUCCUCUCUUUAAACCUCAGACAGACAGAUAUUACACAUACUGUAUCUUCAGUUUCCUAAGCCUGUGCAUUUCUCUGCACAUUUAUAUACUGAUCUCAGAUGGUUUUACGCUGGACUGGCACAAUUUGCAACUUGUGGCUGCUACUUCCUGUAAUGUUUAAUAUCUUAAUUAAAUGCAGAAAUCAAA